GCCAAUUUGUACGUUAGCCUACCAGGAAGUGGGUCGAGUUAUUUAUGUUUCACAACAUCGAGGCAGCAACAAUAGGUGUGUGUAUAGCCUACCUAUCAGUAACCUGAUACUGGAGUUAAAAUAUUAACGUGUUUUCGGCACAUGCUUCAAACUCUAGAUAGGACAUCGCUUGAAAACAUUUUAUUUUCGGACACAUUUCCUGGGAGUUAAAACGUAUUUUUCGGAAAUGCGGAAGCAGAGAGACAGAUAGAUACGAGGGCGAGAGACAGGGGAGCUUGUAAAACGUUUUGCCUACCUGAACUGCCGGUAAGUAAAACAUUUUCUAAGACGGCUUUCCUUAGGCAGGGGGUGUUGUAAUGAAGCUCCAUGCGAAGAUCCUGACCCACUACUUGUCAUGCAGCUCACCUGUUGAUAAAGAGGGUUAUCUGUAUAAGAAGGGAGAAAGGAACACUUCUUAUCAGAAGCGUUGGUUCACACUGAAGGGCAACCUUCUGUUCUACAAAGAUCGCCCAGGGGACCGUGACCUGAUUGGAGUGAUUGUUCUAGAAGGAUGCUCAGUCCAGCUGUGUGAAUCUGAGGAGCAGUUUGCUUUUUCGCUGGUGUUCAGCGGGACAGGCCUCAGGACCUAUAAGCUUGCGGCUGAAGACCAGCAGAGUCAGGAGAGCUGGAUCAAAGCCCUGCUUUCAGCCAAUCACAGCUUCCUGUCCUUGCUGGUGAGAGACCUGGAGACACAGUAUGAAGAAAUUAGAAGAGAAACCUUAGCCAGUGAUACCUAUCAGCACUCCACUGUAAUUGGUCCAGACGCUGAUAAACUGGCCCAAUCCCUGAUUUCCAUGAACUCAGGCCCCUCCUCCCUAAAUCCCAGGCCAGCAGUGAGGGAGGGACGAAGCUAUAGCACAAAUUACUUGCUACAAGCCCCUCCUACGUCUACCAAGCCUGUUACUAAGAAGUCUCCAAAACUCUGGCCUAAGAGAAAUGCCCAUGUCACACCUAUAAUUGGCCCUGUCCCACCUCUUGGGGAAUGGCCCUUAGUGGGGUCUGGACCCUUUAAGAAUUUUGGUGAACUGCAUGAGCACUAUGGAAAGGAAGUGAAGGAGCUGAGAGCUGAUUGGCUGCAGAAGAAGCUGGAAGAGGAGGGUAAGCUAGAGGGUGAUCUAAUUGAUUUUGGGUGAGAGAGGAACUGGACAAUGUUCUGACAGUCUAUGAUGUCAAAGAAUAUUAAAAUCUGAAGUGAAUUUCUUAAACCCAGUUUAAGUGUUUGAAAGCGAUUUUUCUGUGUUUUUUCUAUAUCCUCCAGUCUUUAUUUUUUUUUGCAUUUUUACCAACAUCAGAAUUCAGCUUUAAUCUUAUUUGCUACCAAACGUCAUGUGAAGAGUUUAAUUAGUUGUGCUGGUUUUUCAGGGGACCGCGCCUUACUGUAGUUGUCCAGUAGGUUCUCAGUGUGUUAUUGAAGACACAGGUAACUGAAACAAUAAUUAUGAACUGCUGUACUCAAGCUUGUUUCUCCUGGUUUUAGCAAGCUUCCUAAACAAUUCAGUUUCAAAUAGUGUACUAUUUUCAUCCAAGAACUUUGCAUGUAUCAUGUAUCAUAAAAUGGUAAGUGGCUACAUAAUGGGAUUACAGAGACUACUAUGUCAAGAUGAUUUGGGUAAUUCAGGUUUAAAUUUGACUGCAAUAAUACAAUAUGUAAGCUGUAUAAUAUUUAGCUUCCUAUGUUUAGCUGCAGAUAUUCAUAUCAUGGGGCCCUAUCGCUGACUGAUGUUUAUGGUGGCAGAGACUCCACCGUUCUGUGGUAUGAAACCCUAGCCCAGAAUAGUACAUUAGUUCAUAACUUCAGUCUGUUCCAGUCCUUUUAAUGCAGAGGUUAAGAGUGACUAAAUUUCAGGUCAUUUGACCUGAAUAUUUAAUCUCAUUUUACUCUGAAACCCAUACUGUUCUGAUUUCAAGGCAGCUUUACCAACCAAAAUAUAAAGUGUAUAAGUGUAUAUAGUAUAAGUGCUAUAAAUACCCAGCUUUGGGUAGAACGUGCUUUGGACCUCUGUAGUUGUCAACACUUGUUACUCAAGAUACUGUAAAAUGUAAUGUCCAAUGUAUGUCCAAUCAACAGGUGAUAUGAUACAAUGGGGAAUAGGGAAAGUUGUCAAUUUUCUGUGAAAACCUUUGUUAAAUUAUUUGUGUGUAGAAUAUCUGUACCUGAAUAAAUGAUUGAAGACAUUUUACAUUG